AGUGCUUGCCAAACAUGAUGGCUUCCGACCCUGCACAAUCGCCUCAGGUCACGACAGAAGAUCCACGAGCUGCCAAUCGCGAAAAAUUUGAACUUGAACUGGAAUUCGUGCAGUCGCUAGCCAACCCAUACUACCUACAUUCUCUCGCACAGCAGAAUAUUCUUGACCAACCUGCAUUCAUCAAUUAUCUGGAGUAUCUCCUGUACUGGAAAGAGAAAGAUUAUGCCAGGUUCAUACAUUACCCACACGCGUUGCACCAUCUUGACCUGCUCCAGCACGCGCAAUUUAGGUCAGAAAUAAAGAAAGACGAAUGGCGCGAAUAUCUCAACCAGAAACAGUAUGACCACUGGCGAACAUGGCGAGACCACCCAGGGAUUAGUGUCGCCCUCCGGGCCGCAGACCCUCAAGAAUCCGGUAUGCAAUCCUAAGUAGCAGAAAGCUCCUUAUGGGUGACGUGGUUUACCGGAAGCCUUGGUGGAAAUUUUGACGCUUUGGAUAAUGAAAGUCCCAUAACAAUAUAAUUGAUAUCGACGCGACUGUUGCCAAACAUAUAGGCUUUCUUUGACACAAGGAGAUAAUUAAGGACCUGAAGCUUGGCGCUGUGUAGAUCCUUGUGGAUGUCAUGAAAUCGAAGAGUAUUCCCACGCCUGUUAAA